CUAUGUUCUUAAUUAUUUAUUAAUUUAUGAAUAUAAUAAUAAUGAUUAGUUUGAAGCAAUUGAUUUUAUGUGUUUGUAUUGGAAUCAGUAGUGGAAUUGGAGUAUUAGCAGCAACUAAGCGUCCACAUAUUAUUGUUAUAUUAGCGGACGAUUUAGGUUGGAAUGAUAUCAGUUUCCAUGGCAGUAAUCAAAUUCCAACACCAAAUAUUGACGCGCUAGCAUUUAAUGGAAUUAUUUUAAAUAAUCAUUAUGUCCAAGCCCUUUGUACACCAUCCAGAUCAGCUUUCCUCACUGGAAAAUAUCCUAUUCAUACUGGAAUGCAACAUGACGUGAUUUUGGAAAAUGAGCCAUGGGGACUUCCUUUGGAUGAAAAAUUAUUACCAGAAUAUUUACGUGAAGCCGGUUAUGCAACCCAUGCUAUUGGAAAAUGGCAUUUAGGAUUCUUCCAACAUGAAUAUACACCAACAUUCCGUGGUUUUGAUUCACACUUUGGUUAUUGGAAUGGUUUGCAAGAUUACUUCGAUCAUAAUGUAUAUGUUACGCUUAAUGGAUCAAUAAAAGGCUUAGAUAUGCGUAGAAAUAUGGAUGUUGCUUAUGAUACAGUUGGAAAGUAUUCCACAGAUCUAUUUACUGACGAAGCUGUAUAUUUAAUCAACAAUCAUAAUCCAGAAAAACCAAUGUUUAUGUAUUUAUCACAUUUGGCUGCACAUACUGGUAAUAGAAAUAAUCCACUGCAAGCACCAGAUGAAGAAAUUGCAAAAUUUAGUCACAUAGAAGAUCCAGAAAGACGUGUGUAUGCAGCCAUGGUUUCUUUGCUGGAUAAAAGUGUAGGUGAAGUUGUUGCAGCUCUACGUGCAAAACACAUGUUGGAAGAUUCAAUUGUUAUGUUUUUAGCUGAUAAUGGUGCGCCAACAUUUGGUAUACAUGCCAACCAUGGAUCAAAUUAUCCUUUACGUGGGAUGAAAGCUUCUCCAUUUGAAGGUGGGGUACGAGGAGCCGCUGCAAUUUGGAGUCCUCUUUUAAAUACUACUCAAGCGAUCUCAAAUCAACUAAUGCACAUCUGCGAUUGGGUGCCCACUUUACUAUCAGCAGCUGGCAUAAAUGAGACAUUAACAAAUUUAGACGGAAGAGAUAUGUGGAAUGCAUUACAAAAUCCAGAAACUCUUAGCAAUCGCUUUGAUGUUGUUGUAAAUAUUGAAACAGAUUAUGCAGCAUACCGUAAAGGUGAUUGGAAAUAUAUCUCCGGUAGUGGAAAUCCUAAAGAGUGGUAUCCUAGCGGUUGGUAUGGUCAUUCAGGACUUGAUUUAGAUCCAAGUCAUGCUAAAUAUGAUGAAGAAAGUGUCUUAAAUUCGAAAGCUGGAGUUGCAAUAACUGGACUUAUAACAUCAUUGCAAUUAAAAGAAAGAUUGCAAGAAAUUAGUGAUGAUGACAGCUUUUUCCGAAAAAAAUCAUUACUUUCCAAGGAAGCAAUUCAAUUAUUACGAAAAGAAGCAACUGUUAUAUGCCCCAAGCUAAAUACAUCAGAAAUGAAUCCAACCUCGAUCUGUGAACCAACAGAAUCUCCAUGUUUAUUUAAUCUCAAAGCUGAUCCAUGUGAACAAAUUAAUUUAGCUUCACAACAACCAUUAAUUUUACGUAACUUAGAGGAUGCUCUUAGCGAAUACCGAAAAAGUACUCUAAAACCACGAAAUAUACCUGAAGAUCCAAUGGCUGAUCCAAUUUAUUGGAAUAAUGUAUGGAGUAAUUGGCAGGAUCCACCAUCAUACCAUAGCAAACCAUUUACACGUUUCAACAUUAUACUGCUUGCUGUAAUUGUUAUAUUAUUUAUAAUUGUACUGGUAAUUUUAUUAAUUAUUUCAGUCAAAGGCUGUAAUCCAUCCUUGAGUAGGAAUUUUAAGUUAAAUAAUUUUUUAAAAACAUUAGAUGAUUCACAUAACAUUGACGAUGGAGAGUAUAAUAGAAAUUCUGGAAGACAUGUUAAAAAAGAUGAAUGUCAAACAGAAUUCGAACGUACCAGCAGUGUUAAUUUAAAAGAAGUUAUUCGACAUGUUGAUUAAGAAAAUAAUUUUAAUAUUGUAUCAGUAUUCCCUUUAGCUCAAUUCUGUGAUAUAAAGUAGUUCUUCGAUGGAACUACUUUAACUAGAAUAUUUUACUUCGCAAACAGAAAGCCUUCUUAAUUUUCUGAAAUAAUACUCAUUUUAGAUACCUGUUUAAUUUUGGGAGCUUGAGCAGUUUACCGGUUUCUAGAAAUAAGCUCUUAGAAGAUUUAAUUACGAUAGCUCAAAAAAAAACACUGAGUAUCUGCUCUUUAACGAAUACCACCAAGCUUGAAAUUAGAUGAAAGAGUAAAAUACAUAGUUAGUACAGUCAAAAAAUAAAAUAAACCGCUCAUUUUUUACUAAAAUCUGGUGGAAUGUGUUUCCGUUUUUACUGUCACAUAUCAUUCGUAAACUAUGAAUUAGUUGCGCAAAUACUUCUAUUAAUAACAAUAAAUUACUAAUUAAAUGAAACGGUCCAAUUAUAAGUUCACUUAAAAAUUAAUAAAUAGGCAUCGGUAUGGGCAUUUUUGGUCCAAACUACAUUCGCCACCUACUAUCUUUAAAUAAGUUUGACAUUCUCUCUGCAAUUUGCACCCUCAUUAAGAAGUCCAAACUCCAAAUUGAAAUACAAUCACCCUCACCCUCUUAAACUAUUAUUUUGCUUUUGUUUUAAAAAUUUUACACAACCCACUCUAUCGUUAACUCUCCCAUGGCCCAGCUUGUGUUUUUUACGUGUUAUUUCUUCUGUUUAAAACCUCGACGGGUCCCGACGACGAACUUCGUAUCUAGUUUCACUUGUGUUUCUGAGUAUAUAAAUAUAAUACAGUUUUAUGUUAUGACUUAAAAAACGCAUUAGACUAGCUAUAGAGAAAUACCCGGUAUAAAUGUAAAAUAGAAAAGUA